UGGGAUCAGUAGACAGCAGUGCGCCGGAAGUGUCCAAGACCCGCCCUGUCCUCUGGUCCUCGCCCCAAACCGAUGUCUCCUUAAUGGCGAUGUCUCGGUAAACAUGCUUUCUGCGUGCUAUGUACAUGUCACUUUCUUUGACAUGAGCGUUUGGCAUGGUGUCGUCGCCUUCGAAUGCAAACGUCGUACCGACCUUAUCUAUGCGAGCAAUAAGUUGGUAAACUCUUUAAAUACCAUCGGGCACCUCUUCGAUCCACCGCAUCGAGUUGUCUCUUCAAGCCUUUCCCCAGAGUGUCGAGAUCGCAUCACAAAGCUUUAACGAUACCAUGCCAGCAAUCAUCGCCCCAAGUGCAACGCCAGACUUUGGCCCCCAGGUGUCUGGCAAAUGGGCACUCUCAGACACAUCGGCGUACACCUCUUCUCUGCACUCAUCCCUUGCGGCUUCGGCCUCGGUGUCGAGCCUUGACGCGACCCACGCCCGCCAUCCUCUCGAUGGCUUUGACGCAGACGCGCCGGCCGCUCAGCUGCCGCGCGGCAUCAUGUCGCUCAGCCUGGGUGCUGCCGACAAGCAUGCAAUCGAGGCGAAGAUCACGGCAUGUGUCGCGCAAGGGUGGCAGGGCAUCGAGAUCCAUAUCGACGACAUCAAAGCCAAAGCUCGCUCGCUCGCUGGGCAGAAUUCAAGGAAUACCAUGGCCGAACCUGCGCGGGAGCACAUGCUCUUGGCCGCAAGCGCCAUCUCGGCCAUGUGCAAAGCCUCAGGUCUGAAGGUUAUCUGUCUGGAGCCAAUUCUGCACUACCCCGGCAUCCUCCCUAUCUCCAGGCGCGAUGAGCGCUUGCACGAGUUGCCGCUCUGGUUUGAAAUCAGCGACAUUCUCGACACUGACCUAAUCCAAGUCGCCUCGGCCAUGUUCGGCUCUUCGAGCUCGGGCGUAUACCAGCACACCGGCGACGAGGAGCGCGUCAUCCAGGACCUGCGCUUGCUCGCACACGCAGGACAGCGUUGGCAUACACGCUGCAAAUUCUUCGCGUACGAAGCCAUGUGCUUCGGCAGCUUCGUCACCACAUGGCAACAAGCUUGGCGGCAGGUUCAACUCGUCGAUGCACACAACUUUGGAAUGGUUCUGGAUACGAUGCAGAUCCUCGGCGGGGCGAUCGCUGAUCCGAGCCGGCCAGACGGUCUUGUGGAUGGAUGGAGUGAAAAGCUGGACGCUGAUUUGAAGGAGCUCAAAGAGACUUUUGCCGACGCUCGCUCUAGGCGCAAGCUCUUCCUCCUCCAGCUUGGCGAUGCUGCCUUACCCCCCGAGCCCAUGCACCUAAAGCACCCUCUCUUCGACCCAACUCAACACGCUAACACAACAAUGGCAUGGGCACGCGCGCACCGUGCAUUUGCUGGCGAGGGUUAUCUCCCCGUGGAGGAGCUCUCGCGCGUCAUCUUCAACGACAUUCGCUACCGCGGCUGGGUCUCCGCCGAGUACUUCAACCUCGAUUUGCAGUCACCCUCAACGUCUUUUCCGUUCGAGGCUGCGAAACGGUGUAAUAAUAGCCACGAACUGGUGCUGAAGAGGUUGGAGCAUAGUCAGACGACACCGAAGCACAGCGCGUAGUGGUGACCGCUCACACAAGCAUUGCCCAUAUUCAAGCUAAAACAACAACAAGAAUGCCACUUUGCAACCAUUGGGAUCAAACCUCCAUUACUCAGCAUCGCAUUAUGUACUUGUACGGGCCACUUCACAUGCACUUCCUCCAAUGUUUCAAGUCCUUGUAUAGCCAAAUGAUGCAGACUGCGCGGAAAGAGUUCAGAUGCAACGCCAUUGUUCUGUGAAUAUCUCACAUCAAAUGCUUAAU